AUAGUAAAUGACUAUUCUGUGACAGUUAUAACCUCAUAAAAUAGACAUAACAUAACCAAAGAAUUGACAAAAAGUAAAGUUUGAAGCAAAUUUGGACAAACUCUAUUAUUUAGAUAGCUUCAUGAAAUAUUUAAUGAACUGAGAAAAUAUGUUGUCAUACAGCAUUCUCAAACAUGUUACUAAAGAAACGAAAAUAUUCGUUAGAUAUAAGCAUCCUUCUCACCAUUGGUCUGUACUGCGGAAAAAGGAUCAUCCUAUCGACAAAGCUCUAAAUCAUUUCGACGACUUUUACAAACAGGUUUUUGAUAAAAAGUGGCCUUCAAUUCGAAAAGCUUUAUUUGCCAAGAAGAAAUACAUUGCUGUGGUUAAUCGCUUUGGUGAUAAUAUAGAGACAAUUUCAAAAUUAGAAUCUGAGGGAGCUUUGAAUAUGCGUAGAUUGUUCACCUUAGAAAAACAAUAUAUUCAAGAAGAGAUAAGUGAAAAAAAGCGCAACACAGCACUAGAAAACAUAUUCAAAUUGGAUGAAAUGACGGAAAAAGCAACCGAAAAUGUAGAUCCAAAGGUGACAACAGAUAAUAAGCUGUCAAAAAGUAGCCAGUUCUCACUGGCUUCUAGUUUGAGCAAUGCCCAGUACGAUACAGAAAGGUUAGUAGACGGCAAAAGUUUUUUGUCUCCAGAAAUUCUGCACCACUUCAUCCCAGCGACGAAAAUCAAAGGAAACGAAGACUUUUUACCAGAAUCUUCCCAUUACAAGUUUUAUGAUCAAAAUAUUCAAUUUGCUGUAAAAUCUGAUAAUGAAUUUGACAUCCACUUUCCAGAACAUUUAGACAUUUACUGUUACGAAAAAUAUAAUAAAAGCGACUUUGGAAACCCUUCGAAAGGUUCAACUGGUGUGUAUAACUAUUAUCUGAUGGAUGGAGGAUCAGUGCUCCCCAUUCUAGCUUUAGAUAUCAAACCAGGACACAGGGUUUUAGAUAUGUGUUCCUCUCCUGGAGGUAAAAGCUUACUGGCCAUACAAACAUUGUAUCCUGAAUGUGUCGUGUCAAAUGAUAUUUCUGGUUCUAGGCUGGAUAGAGUUGAGAGUGUUUAUGAACAAUUUUUGUACGAUUUCAAUGAGAAAUGGUUGGGUCCAGGAAAAAUCAAGUUGACACUUGGGGAUGCACGAAAUAUUGUCGAUGAUAACUUCGAUAGAAUUCUGGUUGAUGUGCCUUGCACUACAGACAGGCAGUCCCUACAUGAAAACGACAAUAACAUUUUUAAGCCAUCUAGAAUAAAAGAAAGAUUGCAGCUGCCUGAGCUGCAGAAAGAAUUAUUAUUUCAUGCUCUGAAAUUGGUACAAAAAGGGGGUAUUGUUGUGUACUCAACUUGUUCCUUGAGCCCCAUUCAGAAUGAUGGAGUCGUUCAUAUGGCGCUGAAACAAAUUUGGGAAGAAACAAAUAUGGAAAUAGUGGUCAAGGACCUUUCUCCUGCGCUACUACAGGCUAGGAGUGUUUAUGAAUUUGCGGAUAGGAAUUUAUUAAAAUAUGGACAUUUAGUUUUACCAAGUAUGUCGCAUAACUAUGGCCCGACCUAUUUUUGUAAAUUAAAAAAACUAAAAUAAAUUAGUCAUGUAACAGCUGA